GUUGCUGCUAUGGUAACGCGUCUUGUUGUAAGAGAACUGGAGAGUCCGCUUGAGACUUGCACAUUGAAUCUCAGGGGUGCAUUAGUCUAGCCAGCACCACUGUGAGUCUUUCGUGGAAUUUGGGAUUGUGGUAAUUCAACAGUGACGUCGGUAAAAACACGACGGGAAGGUAGCUUACCUCUCGCCAUGGAAGGGUCGCUCCUCACGGGUAUCCCGAGCACAGAACAAAAGAAAAAGAAGUCCAUGAUUAAAAAAAUGAGCAAAAUUAAAGAGGAAAAGAAGCAGAAGAAGCGGGGCCACUCCAGCACCCCGUCGUCCUCGGACGAUCCAGAUAAAGCAAUGGGGCGAAAUGUAAAGUUCGGCCACUCACACAUCAUGCCUUCAACUAAAUCACUAAAUGGCAAAUUAUCCAAAAUCAAAAACCAAGGCAGAGCAUCAACAGAGACCUACAUCCACAGGAAAUCAAGUGGUCCUCAGAUGGAACGGCCUGUUGAUGAAGUCGUCCUUACAGAUCAGAUGAAGGAGAGUCUCAGGUGGGAAGGUGCUCUUCAGGACCCUGUUGCAGAAAGAGAGAGAAUAGAUCAUUAUAAGAUGAACCGGAGAAAGCGCUACUUGGAAGCCCAGAAGCACCUCUGUGGAGAUUUGAACACACAGAAUGCAAAAUCAAUUCUUGGAAAGGGGAAUCCUUACGUAAUUAGCAGUUCUAGAUACACAGUUCUCAGCCAGCAAGAGCAGCCACCAACAUCUUAGUAAACAGGAGAAAUAUGCGAGUUUAUUCAGUAAAGCUGGGCAUGGCAGGGCCUUGAAGGAGAAUGUUGGCCCAAAGUAGUAUUAACUAUUCAACACGUAAAAUGCUGCCCUGGACAAUCCCAAGUGAUUGGACGGUCAGUAAGGCAGUUACAAGAUACUGUUUUUUUUUUUUUUUUCAACAAUACUUUCAUGUGGAAGUCUCAAUUCCAUCAAUAGCUUAUUCCCAUGGAAUGUUGAGUGUUAGCGUAGCUUUGAAUAAACUUCAAAAAUGUUUUCAAUAAGUGAAAGUAUAAAAUUAAACUUUAGCGGCUCUCAAGGAUCUUCUCUUUCCAGUAAAGAGAAGUGGAGCACUGGAGUAUUCCAUUCGCUACUUGUAAGAGUCAAAAGAAAACCUUGCAAGAUACAUACAAAUACCCAAAAGGGGGAGUCAAUUACAAGUCUGUAGUAACUUAAGAAACCAAAGCAUGUGUCAUUUUCAUACUCAGCCA